AUGUAAAAGCAACUUUUUCAAAUCUUAAUAGCUUCUUUAUUGUUUUUCUAAAUUUAUUGUUAAAUUCCAUAAAAUUGGAUUUAUUCACCAUAGUAUAGCUAUAUAAUAAAAGCGAAUGGAUAGGAAAAUAGUUUCUCUAAGAUUUAUGUCAGCCCAAUAACUGGUUUAAUUUUUGCUUCUGCUGGAGAUUCAGGAGUCUUAGUUAUAGAUCCUGAAUAAGAAUAUAAAGUUACUACAUCCAUAAAAUCAUCUGAUAAUAUCAUAGGGUUUGCUUGCACAAAAGACUCAAAAUAUUUAUUUAUGAGUAACGACUAAUAGUUAACAGUGUAUGAAUUUUCUGGUAAAAGUUUUACAUAAUUAGGAUAAGAUUAGGAGAAAAUCUACAUUGUUGAUAUUAAAAUUAAUGAGAAAGAAGAUACAUUAAUUAUAUUCUAAAUAGAUGGGAAUGUUAGAUUCUUAAAUAUAUCUAUAAAAAGCAAUCCGAUUUUGGUAGGAAAUAUUAACUGGCAAUAGUAGUAAAUAUAUGGGGGUCUAAUAACGCCAGAUGAUAAAUACCUAAUUUUAUGUCAAGAUAGUGCAGGGCUUGGUAUUUUUUAGUUAACCAAAUAAAAUGGCUAAAUUAGUGGGAAAUUUGUUGGUUAAUUCGAUGGGUAUACUUAAGGGUACUCGCAUAAUGUAUUAAUUACAAAAGAUUAAAAAUAUCUCAUUAGUUUAGAUGAAAGAAACGGGUUGAGCUUCGCUGAUUUUUCAUAAGUAAUUAAUUCUGAUCCAAGAUAAUACCCCUAUUAAUUCUUUUACUACCUUUCUUAAUGGUGGCCUUCAAAUGUAGCAGUUCCUUCUCCAUUUUCAUUUUGCUUAUCAGCUGACGAUAACUUUUUAUUUUUAGGAGUCAGAUCUCUUGGUAUCUUCACAAUAGAUAUAACUGAUAAAACUUCACCUAACACAUACAUGUGGUCUUAUUUUCCUUUUCAUGGUAAUUCUAUUGCUCUAUCUCCAACAGCUAACUAUCUUUACUUCUCUAAUUCUAAAUCUAUUAUGAUUUUUAGGAGGAUGAAGCCAAUUUUAGGUUUGAAGUAUGUAAAUCUGUAUAAUGGAGCACAUUCAAUAGGAUUUGAUUAGUCAAAUACUAGAUACUACUGGAGAUGUGAUUAUGAUUCAAAAAGGUAAGUUUAUAUUGGAGCGUUUGAUACUGAUGGACUAUGGUUUAUCGAUGUUAGCAAUCCAUUAUAUUUUGAUGUUAUUCAAAAGUAAUAUAAACCUCCAGGUUAAAAUGCAAAUAUUGAUGUUUUUUAUACAAAAAAUGACUAUAAAAUAAUGAUAACCUCAAUUAAUGAUGGUGCUAAUUUUAUGGCAGUUCUUGAUGUUUCUAAUUACAGAGAUAUAAAGGUGAUAUAAAAAAUUCCUUAUGGAUAACCUUUUACUGGGUACAUAAAGGAUAUAGACAAUAAUAUGGAAGAUACAUUAGUAGCUUGCGUUAUCGAUAGAUCUGUAAUUUUUGUUGAUACAUAAACUUUAGGAAGCUAUUAUGUCAAAGCAAAGUGGAGUUUUUUAACAAAUAUGAGAGGUUUUACAACAGGAGCUAUGCUUUCAUAUGAUGGAAGCUAUUUUGUAGGGGCUUGCAGGGGAUAUGGGUACUAUGUACUUGACAUUAGGAAUAUGUCUGACAUUUAGAUGGUAAACUACUAAGAUUCAACAGGUGCUGAGUAAGUGUAUAAAUCAUUAACUUACAGCUAUCAAUUUUAUUUGGUAGAUGGGCUUUAAGGUCUUUUUAUAAUGGAUUAGACAAAAUUACCAUAAUUAAAUUAAUUUUCUUAAUUAGUAGUAGAUGGAUGGACUAAUGACAUUACAUUCUUGGCAUAAGAAAAAACUGUAAUAAUUUCUACAAUGCAGCAAGGACAAAUCUAUUUACUAGAUAUUUCUGAUAAUAAAAAUCCAUUUAUAGUGUCUAAUUACCAAUAUGGAGAAGAAAAUGGUAUGUUUACUUGCUCAAAACCAGAUUAUAGUAUAUUAUUUAUAAACAAUAAUAUCUAAGUGAGAGAGUUUCCUAUGACUACUUCAGUUUAUAUACAUACUGACUAUCUUGAAGUUCUCGGUUAUUCUGAUUCUGGUGAUAUGGAAUUCAAUAUAAUUAAUGAUCCUGACACCUUUUAAUUUAAAGUUGGCUAAAAAAUUAAGCUGAACACUUGUAUGUUAUAUUAACCUAUAGACAUUGUAGUUAGCAGCGUUACUCUUUAUCAAAAGCAAAGCCAAAGAGCCUUACCAUCUUGGAUUUAUUAUGAUCCAAUUGAAAUAUCAUUGAUAGUAGAAAUAACAAAUGAUGCUGUUGAUCCAACAAAUCUACCUAAGCCUCUUUUAAAUACACUUCUUUUUACAACACUGAGACCAUUAUAUGCAUAAGACUUUUAAUUCAAUAAUGGAAUGUGCACCACAACAAAAGAUUAAGCAGAAGCUAUUUACCUUUAAUUUAAAUAAGAUGGAAUAAUAGAUGAAAAUAGGUUAGUUUCUCCAAAUUUAUUUUUUAAUGAUGAUUAAUAGAUUUUUAUUAGUGAUACUUCACUUUUUCCAAGUGAAAGCAGAGAAUAAUAAAUUUAUAACUCUUGUGUCAGUAAUCUUCUGAAAAACAUUCUUUUGAAUUCAAUCUAAUAUACUCCCAUUUAUAUUCUAGUAUAUCCUUCUUUAUCAUUAGUUAUAGAUGGAUCAACUAAGAAUUACAUAUCCACUCAAGCAUCAAAUGUCAGCAUUUAAAUUGAAAUAUAUAAAUUAUAAGGAUACUUAAUUUAUAAAAAUUCUGAAAGCAUUAAUAUACAAAUAAAUGAUGAUUAAAAUAUUUUGAAUAUCAGUGGUACAUAAAAUAAUGUUAAUUAAUUUUUAACAAGCAAAAUUAUAAUAUUUCCAAUCCCUCCUAAAAACUAUGAAGAUAUGCUCGCGAAUAUUACUGUUACAGAUUAAAUGAACUAUCCUAUUUAGACAAAUCUUUCAGUUACUUAAUUUCCGUUCUUAGUAUAAAAGUAGAAUAUUUAGAAUAAUCCAUAAAAGACUCUUUAAUCCCAAUUUAAUGAUGAUAUUUAAAUAUUAACUGAAUUUGGAUUUACAAUUGACCCAUAAACAUUUAUUGUCCCAGACUUUGAUGCAGUAAUUACCUAUGAAGUUUUGAUUCAGAAAGGAGAUAAAUUUCAAUAAUUUGAUAAUACUGACUGGCUUACAUACAAUUAAGAAUCAUAAAAAUUUUAUGGAAUUCCUCCUUAAAAUGCUUUCAAAACUUAAUUAACCAUAUAAGUAACUGCAUCUGAUGGAUAUACACAAACUUAAUAAAUAUUUACAAUACAUAUAAGUGAAUUGCCAUUAAUGUUUAUUAUAUAAUGGAUAGUAACUAUUUUGGGUCCUCUAACUGGAAUUUUGGGACUUUAUAAGAAUAGAAGUACUUUAUACAAUAUAUUUUAUAGUAAAAGGAACUAGUAUAGUAAGAUAAUUUGCAAACCAAACAAAUAGUUCUUACUAAAAAUUCCUUUGAUACUCGAAGAAUACUAGGCUGCUCUUAAAAUAUGUCAUCAAUUAAAUAAAAAACUGCCUUGUCAAAAUGAAUAAUAGUAAACAGAAAAAAUUUUAGAACUAGAUGAAAAAAAAAUAAAAAUUACAGCUCUUAAAUCAAAUUUAUUUGAAGAAGCAGGAAAAACUUAGGAAGUUGUUAAGAAUAAUUUGUCAUCAAUAGCAUCUAUUUAUAAUAUAAAUUAUGAUGCUUUCUAUGAUGACUUAAUUAAGUAUGAUAUCAUUUUUUAAAUUGGCAACACCACGACAAGCACAAAAAGCUAUAUAGAUGAAAUAAAAAAUGAAAGUAAAUCUUUAUAUGAAUGUUUAAGAUUUUUUUUGGCAAGAAAAAUACUAAACCAAGAUUCAAAAAGCCAAAUUGUUUAUGAAUUUUUAAAAAAAUAUUCUUAAAUCAAUGAUCCAUAAUUAACAAAUAAUGAUUGGUAUAAGUCUUUAGUAUAGCUAGAAUCAACAGAAGAACUGAAUCCAUCAGGACAUACUAUACUCUUUCCAAUUUUUUCACUCUAUUUAAAAAAAUUAAUUUAGGCAGUUAAUUAUUUAGGUAUUUAAACAGGUGAAGAAAUUGAUAAUUUAAUUCCUGACGGAGAGACUAAUCAUUUAAUCAAAGAAAAAAUAUUUGAGGUAUUAUACGAAAAGUAUAAAAUAAAUUUAUUUUUAAUUGAAAAAGUUAUAUUUUCUGAUGCAGCUGGAAUAAAAGAAAAUAGUCCGAGCUCUCUUUUUCCAAGCUGUGGUGAAUCAAUCCAUAUAAAUCCUUAAGGAAUUAAAAGUGUUGUUGCCUUUAGAUAUUCACCAUCAGGGUUAUGCUUUGAAAAAUAUUUAGGUCUAGAUUAUAAACCUUAUGGUCCUUAAGGAAAUAUAUAACUCCCAUGUUGGCUUUAGCUAGACUUGUAACCUGGGUUAGUUAUGCUUAAAGGAAAACCUGAAUUUUAAAAUUCAGAAAUAGUCUUAAUUAGAUUCACUUCAGAAGAAGGAUAUAUUAUUAAAUAGUUUGAACUAUAAGUAGAAGAAGACUUGCAAAAACUUUAAAAGCUUAGACAAAUGAUGCAUUCAAAAAUAUAACUGAAGAAAAGAGAUUCGUUUAAAAAAUUAAAUUAAGCUUAAACCCUCAUUUUAAACUCAUCAUAAAACAUGAUAAUAAAAGAAAAUUAAAAUUGUUUGCAAAUGAUUGAAUCUAAAUCUAUUAGUCCUAGUAUUUUCUCAAAACCAUAUGGUGAUUCUCUAAAGUAUAAUUUGAAUGAAGAAAUAUUUAAUUUUGAGGACGAUGAAGUUUUGUAAGACGAUGAAAUUAAGCUUGAUAUCCAACCAAAAGAAUCCUUGUAAAAUAACUCUAAUACUAAGAGAAAUCAAAUUUCAACACAAAAUGGAUUCAGUAAUGAUUAUUGA